GGCCUCCGAACACGACCCUUAGACCAGUAAUGAACGACUGAUGUAGUUGGUGAACACCGUACCAAGAAAACCUCUUCUAUCAGUCUUCCUCUCGCUAACUUCCGUAUCCAAGAAACAGACACACACAGUGGGGUCUCGUAAUCGGAAGAGAUGGGGUGGAUGAGUCGAUUUCUGGCGGCGGUGGCAUUCUUGGCUAUCGGAGUGAUAUUCUCUCCGGAAACAUUCGGAUCAAAAUCCGACGGCCAGGAACCCCCCAAGCUCACCACCUUCCUCAAACUAGCCCACCUCCUCUGCUUCUCCACAGCUUGGGGCGCUGCUUUAUGGGUCACCUUCAUCGGCGGCAUCAUAAUGUUCAAGAAUUUACCGAGGCAUCAAUUUGGUAAUUUGCAAAGCAAGAUGUUUCCGGCAUACUUUUCGAUGGUUGGUGUGUGUUGUGUGGUGUCGGUGGCGUGUUUCGGAUACUUACACCCGUGGAAGACUUCGUCUACUACGGAGAAGUACCAGCUCGGGUUCCUUCUCGCUGCUUUCGCUUUCAAUCUCACCAAUCUUUUUGUCUUCACGCCCAUGACCAUUGAGAUGAUGAAGCAAAGGCACAAGGUUGAGAGAGAAGCGAACAUCGGAGAAGAAGUUGGUUGGACUAAGAAUCAAGAAGUUGCAAAGGUUAAUCCAAAACUUAAAGCAAUGAAUAAGAAAUUUGGGAUGAUUCACGGACUAUCUUCUCUCGCUAAUAUCAUGUCUUUUGGAAGCCUUGCAAUGCAUUCGUGGUACCUAGCGGGUAAAAUUGAUCUCUAAAGAGAUUUCCAUUUCCCUGUCUUUAACAAAGAUGCAUUAUGGCCUUCAUUGUAUUUGUAUGCUAUGUCAAAUAAUCAAGAAAUAGUUUCUUCUUUUUAUGGAUAUCAGUUCUGAUUGUUUCCGUGCCAAGUUAUGUUUAAUUGACCCGUACACUGAUAAAACCAAUCACCUGUCUCAUUGCAUAUGUUGAUGUAAAAUUUCAUGAUAAUGCACACGCCAAGUAAAAACUCUUAUAUAUGCCGAGGGCAGUUUGAACUUCCUCUGGAACUGAAAUAAUGUUACUGUGUGGCUCCU